UCUAGAUGUCCCCACAAGUCGACAUGGGCUACGAUAUCGCAGACUACAAACCAUCCCCACGCAUUCAUUUCAUAAUUCUCCAAUAUGAACAUAGACUACACUCCGCUGUCCGUCCUGUUGCUAUGUCUACAUGAGCCGCGAGCGAAUACUUCCGCAUUUCAAUCAAUGCAGCGGCUUUUCUGCUAAAAAAUCGCAUUAACUGCGACAGCAUGAACACUGAGUUAAGAGGAUAUCUGUUUGAGAUGUUUUACUACUCUUUUGCCUUAGCUCGUUUCUCUUUGGGUUCCAAACUAUUGAUCGCACAAGCGGAUGCUAUCUUCGCCUCCCCAUCAAUCAUCCAAUGUAAACCUCAGUCUUUAUUAAUCGCCGUUUAUCGUAUAUACCGUCUGUCUCAUAACUUGCAGUCAAGCAAAUCUGCCGACGUGUUUUCCGUACGACAGGAACUUUUGCUGUUGGACCAAGAAUUAAUGGCCUGUCAUAGCCAUCUCACUCAUGAUACUACUAUGGACCAGGAGCAUCUCAAUGAUGUCAUUACAUCGAACCUGUACAGUUUGGCAUGCCGCAUCCACAUCAGGGCACUUUUUCCACCACAUGGAUCUGACGACAACGACACAGUUCACUCUCUGGUGGAUGAGUUCAUAAACAACUUACAGCAUUUGCCUCCGCACUCGCCUUCGCACAACAUACUGUGCUGGCCACUAGUUGUUGCGGGCCUGUCCGCAAGAAAUUCUGCACAACAACGUAUCAUCGUUGCAAAGCUAAACAAUAUACACGAAGAGUGGAAGUCAGCCGUCUUCUCAAAAAGUGCCGAUUUCCUGCGAGAACAGUGGCGAAGGGAUAGGGAUAUGAGACGCAAAUUGCCCAUUACCAGUGGCUACGAGGAUUCAUUUACGUUAGAUGGGUUGACAUGGUAUCAAUGUCCUGUCAUUCUGGCGUGACUCGUCUGGUGAAGUGGGUUAUUUUAUGACGGUAUUAAGCUUCAUUUCACGCGUAGUUAUCUUUGCGAAGGACAUGUAUCGUGGACAUACCGGGAAACCACCCCGAGAUUGCAGUGUAGAUAGUUGUGUACUGUUUGGGAGAAUAAAUGCACCAAUGUAUAUAAUUUCAAUAUCCAGUAUGCCGG